CAGGGUGCAAAUAUCAUUGAGAAGAAAAAAAAUCCAUUCUGCUUCGUGUGGGUGGUUCUCAAAUGCUUCCGUCUGUGGCUGGAGACUAAAUGGGGUGAAAAUCGAAAGGAUCUUCAACCAGCGAACGCGAACCUCUCCAACUCAGGGCUGUGGAUAAGGAGCAGCAGAAUUCUGACGCUUAUCAUGAAGCCCACUCUUAUUUGCUUUGUGGCAUUAAUUCUGAUUUUUUUGGAUGAUAACCAUUGUGCUGCACAGUCCAAUUAUGCAUCACAUGCAAACAGCAUAGAAUACCAAGGAGAAGGGCUACCUGAAGAAGCAACAUUAGAUGGAAAGGUGACCAAACUCGAUGAUCUAAGCCCAAUAAUAUUCUUGAAUCGCACUAAAGCUGCGUUAAACUGUGCUGCCGGCUCCAUGCAAGUGGAAUUGAAGUUCAACGAAAAGUUUUAUGGAACUGCAUAUGCAAAUUUCGAUAGAAAUAGCGCUUGUCAAAUAACAGGCAAGGGUGACACCAGUUACAGUGUUGAGCUACCUUUGAAAGGAUGUGGAACAAAACAGGAACCUCAGCGUGUGUUUACCAACAAUAUUGUGGUACGUUUCCAUCCUGGCUUGGAGAUGGAUGGGGAUGAAAUCAUCACAAUUGUGUGCCGAUAUCCACCACCAGUAGCUCCAAUUCCAGCGGGUAUACCUGCGCCGAUUUUGACUGACGUGAUACCAGCAUCCAUACUCGACCCACCACUGAAAGGAAUUCAAAUAUUGUUUAUUAUUUGUGCUAUCAUGUUUCUUACUUUACUACUUAUUGGGCUUGGGGUAUCUUACUAUUGUUUACGCCGACAGCCGGUAUCUGUUGUACGAAGGGUUAUACAUGUGGGAAGCGGCUCCGAGAUAACAGCUCUAGAAACCGGCAGUAUAGGCAGCAUAUCAGGAUUGAAGCUACCACACCAUGCACAUGUUUCGCACCAAACUCAAAGUGUUUCUGGUAGUGAUGGUGCUCUAAUACCCUCUGACUAUCCAAGUGAAUCUCACUCGGAAAAUGAGGAAGUAGAUACUGGAUCGCUUCCUAUAAGCUCACAUGGUAGCUAUGACAAUAGCGCAUUUCUGCAAGAUGCAUCAAGCAUUUACAGUGAUCAUUAUGGCCAUACUCAAGAAAUUCGAACAACAGCAAAUUGUGAGAUGUCCCCUAAAUUUGAUAUCCAUGUGAGAGUUAAGCGAACUCCACCACCGCUGCCGUCACCACUAACAUCUGAUACUGACAGUAAUACCACGGUUAGCCGAGCAGAGCGGAACAACCUGUCUACAAUUUUGGAGACCCACGAAGAUGCAAGAAGUGAUAGCGUACUAACAUUUGAAUCGUUGCAAGAUGCUGAACAAUCUCAGUUCACUUAUACCCCUGAACUACAUUCAGCUCCCAGAUAUAUUAAAUCGCCAUCUUAUGUUCCCAACAUUUCAAGAAACCAGCAGAAAAAUAUUCAACAAAACGAUUGGCCUGAAAAUUAUCCAGAUGUACCGCAAGCAUUCUCAACGCGCAGUCUUGUUUCUUUAGGAACAGAAAUGACUGAUACGCAUUCAAUGACUGAAAUUGUUGAUUCAUCGCACUUAUACCCCAUUCCUUAUGCAUUUGAUUUAGGAAAUAACGAGCAUAUUGAACCCCAAAUCAUUGUAACCAGAAAAAAUGAAUUAUCGUCUCAUAUUGUAGAUGACGUAUUUACACAAACAGUUACCGAAAAGACAACAAUUGAAGACGUGGAAAAGCAUAGACGCAUGGUUACUGAAUAUAAGGCCAAACCAAUGGUCGACCCUAACUGGAAUGUCACUAUUCGUAAUUAUCAGGAGUCUUCGGAUCCCAAAUGGGAAGAUUUUUCGGAUGUUUCCAGUGCUUCCGGCAUGACAAUAAGCCAGCCCAUGGUCACCCAAAUGACCAUACCAACCUCUACUUACAUUUCCGAGAACGAUGUUCUACUGCAAAGUCCUGAGUUGGUUGGAAAUGUGAAACCCAUUGAAUUACCGCCAGAAGAUAAGACAAUUACAAACUGGGAUGUGCUUAUUCGGGUUCUCCAGGAUGUUGAAGUACCUGAUAUAACUAUUUCUACAGCAUCUUUACAAAACAAUCGUGUAGCAGUACCGCUAGUGACCCAACUAAGCUAUGAUGAUAAAGCUAAGUGGAAGGAAAUUAUAACUACAGAAUCAACGCUAAGAACAAUGCUUACUGAAGCCGUGGUACGUGAAGAUUUCGAACGAAUUAGGGCCGAUGCCCGUUAUGAAAAACUUUUCGAGCCUCAGUCAUGGGAGAUCAUUAUGCGCAUACUAGCUCCUGCAGAUGAUGAUGUCGAAUUAAGACGAUCCAAGCGAUCCAAAAAGCGAGAAACAUGGGAUACACGUUCACGCAGAAGUUCUCUGCCCACCUUGUAUGAAUAUGAUAGUGACGGUGGAUCCUCGGUGCGCACAAUAACACAAGAACCAAUAACAAUAACAACACAAAAUAGAGACUCUUAUGGCAGUUUGAAAUCACGUUCAAGAAAGACAUCGAGAUCAUCAUUUAGCUCAAACAAUGUUGAUUAUCGCUCUAUGACGGAGGUAAUGGUUGAUUUCGCCAAACCCAAAUAUUCCGAGAGCUAUUCCGAUGAAAGCUCGUACACUGCCCAACCGUACUACGAAGGUGAUCAUUACGAACAACAAUCGGUGCACCGAUCAACAAGUCAUCCAAGUCUUGCAAGAUCAGCAAGUGAGUUUACAGAAAGAUGGAUCGCUCCCGAAAAUACAGACUCUUCGACCUCUGAAGUAAGCCCACAACCCGGGCGUAGAGAAAGAACUAUAAUGGUUAAAUCUGCUGCCUCGCAUGUCAACAAUAAUCAUCAAACAGUUCAUGAGAGUCAAUCUCGAUAUAUCAAUGCCAGAAAAACUACUUAUAGCUCAACCUCCAAUAGAAACGAAGAUUGGUGAUGAACAUCUACUGAAAACAAUGAAGCAAACCACUGUCAAAGUUAUCUAAAUGUGCCAAUAGCAAUAUGUUGAAAUUUAUUUUAAUGAUAUAUGAGCAAUUCUCUACAAAACCGGCCGAUUUCGACCAUUUUUAUUAUUUGUAUUUUUUGAUUUGGCUCAAACUUUGUGGGGGCCUUCCCUAUGACCAAAGAAGCCAUUUUGCAUCAUUAGUUUGUCCAUAUAAAUUUCCAUACAAAUUUGGCAGCUGUUCAUACAAAAAUGGUACGUAUAUAUUCGAAAAUCUGUAACUUUUGAAGGAAUUUUUUGAUCAAUUUGGUGUCUUCGGCAAAGUUGUAGGUAUUGUUAAGGACUAUUUAGAAAAAAAUAGGUACACGGAAAAAAAAUUUCCCGAUUUUUUUAUUAACUUUUUUUUCACAAAAACUCAAAUUCCCAAAAUACGUAUUUUUUGACUUUCGAGAUUUUUUGAUAUGUUUUAGGGGACAAAAAUCCGCAACUUUUGAGCUAUAGAGAAACAUGGUCAAAAAAUCUGCCGCCGAGUUAUGAUUUUUUGAAAAACUGGUGAUUUUUGGAAAAAAUCGAAACUUCAUACAUAAAAUUUUUUUGACCUCAUUUUUUUAUGCAAAAUUGAAUUUGAAAUCGAAAAUUACUUUACAGAUUUUUUUAUAAAGGGCCCCGUUUUCAAGAUAUAGACACCGAAAGUUUGAUUUCAGCGAAAUAUUUGCAGUUUUUCGAUUUUUAAAAAUAGUGACCAUGAGUGACCAUUUCUAAAAAUAUAUUUUUUGAAAAGUUCAGAAAAUUUGCUAUAAACAGUCAACCAUGCUCAUGCUCAUGCUCAUGCUCAAGUUCAGAAAAUUUGCUAUAAAAUUGUCUAAGAGACAUUGAAGAUUGGACCUCUGGUUGUUGAGAUACAGCGGCUUAAAGAAAAAGAAACACGAAAAUUGAAGUUUUCUAAGUCUCACCCGAACAGCCCACCAUUUUCUAAUGACGAUAUCUCAGCAAUUAAUGAUCCGAUUUUCAAUGUUAAUACAUGAAACAUUCGUGAAAUUUUCCGAUCUUUUCGAAAAAAAUAUUUUGAAAAAAAAUAAAUCAAGACUAGCAUUUUUAAUGGGCAUAAUAUUCAAUGUUUGGCCCUUUUAAAAUGUUAGUCUUGAUUUAAUUUUUUUCAAAAUAUUUUUUUCGAAAAGAUCGGAAAAUUUCACGAAUGUUUCAUGUAUUAACAUUGAAAAUCGGACCAUUAAUUGCUGAGAUAUCGUCAUUAGAAAAUGGUGGGCUGAUUGGGAGAGACUUAGAAAACUUCAAUUUUCGUGUUUCUUUUUCUUUAAGCCGCUGUAUCUCAACAACCAGAGGUCCAAUCUUCAAUGUCUCUUAGACAAUUUUAUAGCAAAUUUUCUGAACUUUUCAAAAAAAAUAUUUUUAGAAAUGGUCACUCAUGGUCACUAUUUUUAAAAAUCGAAAAACUGCAAAUAUUUCGCUGAAAUCAAACUUUCGGUGGCUAUAUCUUGAAAACGGGGCCCUUUAUCAAAAAAUCUGUAAAGUAAUUUUCGAUUUCAAAUUCAAUUUUGCAUAAAAAAAUGAGGUCAAAAAAAUUUUAUGUAUGAAAUUUCGAUUUUUUCCAAAAAUCACCAGUUUUUCAAAAAAUCAUAACUCGGCGGCAGAUUUUUUGACCAUCUUUCUCUAUAGCUCAAAAGUUGCGGAUUUUUGUCCCCUAAAACAUAUCAAAAAAUCUCGAAAAUCAAAAAAUACGUAUUUUGGGAAUUUGAGUUUUUGUGAAAAAAAAGUUAAUAAAAAAAUCGGGAAAUUUUUUUUCCGUGUACCUAUUUUUUUUCUAAAUAGUCCUUAACAAUACCUACAACUUUGCCGAAGACACCAAAUUGAUCAAAAAAUUCCUUCAAAAGUUACAGAUUUUCGAAUAUAUACGUACCAUUUUUGUAUGAACAGCUGCCAAAUUUGUAUGGAAAUUUAUAUGGACAAACUAAUGAUGCAAAAUGGCUUCUUUGGUCAUAGGGAAGGCCCCCACAAAGUUUGAGCCAAAUCAAAAAAUACAAAUAAAAUCCAUUUCCGGUUUUGGUAGAGAAUUGCUCAUAUAACAAGCAAUUCAUUAACAACCGUGAAUCAAGAACUUAUUCGAACAAGCUUAAGAAGUGAUACUAAUAUUGAAAAAUAAUAAUUAUGAAAUAUCACGAUAGUCCUAAUUUACACAGGAACACAAAUCAUUUAAAUUUUGUUUUAGUAGAAGUUUGGUUUAUAAUCAUUCGAAUAGACUCUAUUCAAUAAUAUGGAAGAUUAUGUGACCUUUAAAUUUAAAAUACUUUUGAAACAAUCCGAGGUGGAUAUCGUUAAAGACAAGCGUAGAUAGUAACCAAGGAAGUAGCUGUCUUCUUUUUUUAAAUUGUAGAAUUUACGGAUCCAUUCCUGCAACAAUUUGAAUUUAAAAACAUCUCAAUCGGGUCUUAUACUACCCCUGAUUGCAUAAAUAUCCCAUAUGCAUUUUCAUCUCUGUUAAGUUAUUGAUGUAAUUUGGUCCAAAUCGUGUGCUCUUUCAGAAAAGCCUAAAAUAUCCAGUACUUUGUUCUAGAAAUCAGGUGAAAAUCCAGUAUUUCGUGAAAACUCAACACAUAGCCUUAUGUGUAAAACAAACUUGCCUUGCGUUUUUCUCAGCUUGUUAUUUUAGUAUAUUGUACAUUUAUGCGAACAUGGCAGUAAAGUCCUACGUUAAUUUUUAUGUACAACGGUAAAAAAAGAAACAACCGGCUCCGUGGCUUAAUGGUUACGGCUUCUGCCUCACAAGCAGAAGGUUCAGGGAUCAAAUCCCGGUUGGUACACACAAAGAAAAAUUACUCUAAAUUUAAAAAGAUCGUUCGUUGGAUUAAAAGUUCGCGUUGGUGAAUAUUCGUAGAAAGUUCAAACUUUUCAAUUUAACAGUUGGAAAGUUUUUGAUACUACUAUGCAUUUAUGGAACAAAAUCGUUGUAUUGGUAAAAGUAUUUUACUUUUAAUUGGAAAAGAAACCUUUUAUGGCAAGAAUACACAACAUUUAGCACUACAGGUAUAAUUUUAGAAAAAUGUGCUUGGUUUUUUACAUUUAUUUAAAAAAAAAAUUAAACUGUAUGUAAAAAAACAUUUUUUAUUGCAUUUAACUCUUCUUCACUAGCUUCACCUCAAAGUAGGCCAAUAUCCGAGUCCAAGCUGUACCGAUUCAUACGGUACACCACCGGUCACUUCCGAAUACCCCAGGACGGUUCCGGAUGGAUGUUUCGACGCGCGACAGCAGUGUAACACGAUGGUCACGUUUCCGGCCUCAAUCAGGAUAGUCUUGGAGGAGUUGGCCGUGGAUUCGGGAAGGGUGGUCGACGUUUUCCGGCUGGAAAGUAAAGUGCCUGAACGGGGAGUUCCCGAUCCUGGAAGCGCAUCCGGAACAUGGAGUUGAUGAGGUCCUCGGAACGGAAUUCGAUUUUGAGCACGUAAUCCUACUUCGGGAAUGACACAGAUUUUUUUUGGCUCACUGUCCAGGUUCAUUCGGGUGAAGCUGCGCCGUCGCGAGGUGAGUGUUUGUGGGCGGGAAGUUGCUAAAAGAGAUGGAAAGUAAGUGAAGUUGGCUAGCCACUGCACACAUUCUCAAUACUCACCGGUGUUGUAAACCGCCGGCACCGAGUGCAACAUCUGCGCUGACCACCUUCGAUUAUGUAGCUUUUCGUCGUCCUCCUCUUCGUCGGAUCCUUCUCCUCACCAUGAAAAUAAACUUUCUCGUACUUGUCCAAAAACCGGAAGUAAAUCUUCUUCAACGCAAUCUCGUUGUUCACGCAACGCUUCGGCAGCGCCAUCUCCUCGAUGAUAUCGCCCCAGUCCUCGCGGGAAUUGACCUUUAAUCACCAAUCCCGGGCCACCACUACCGAAUGCAACCGGUGCGAAUCCACAUUCCUACUUCUCAACCUACAAAAACAAACAAAAUCAAUCACAAACCCCCCAAAACACCCAAGCUUCUUUCUUACGCAUUUCGGCCGUGGAACAGCUGCAGUUCCUGCAGGAAGCUGGCCUUGUCCUUUUCGAGCACUCAACAUCGUCCCGCUCCUGCACCACCCUCCUUCGAAGGCGUUCCGCUGCUGCUGUUUGGCUCACGAAGGUUUCCGCGUCCGAGUCCUGGCUGCUGCCGCGGUCGGCUUUGCUUUUCGUCCUAGACUCACCAGCACCACCAGACCCACCAAAGUGUUUGUUUACAUUUGCGACUUAGGCGUACACGGUUACACGAGAACGUCAAAAUGAAAGAAAUUUUACAGUCGAAUUAAAAGGAAAAACUUUUAAAUCAGUGAGCAAUGAGAUUUUCGAAAACUGUAGCAGUAAAAGUUUUCAUUUUCAAAACAAGAAAAAAACUUUUAAUGUAGCAAAUUUUACCAACUUUUUAAUUCGAAAGUAAGUUACUUUUGUCAUUACCGUAAUAUUUUUUUGUGUGUACCAUUGAAUUUAGAAUCAGGAAUUUGAACUUUGAAUAUCUAAUCUAAUCUAAUCUAAUCUAAUCAGACCCUAGCGCAGCCAAUCUUUCGAAGGGAUCCUGGAGAGUGCCUUAGGUUAGAUGACGCCUAGCACUCUUCUUGUCAUUUAUUAACAUUUGCAGUGCGCCAUUGCAUUAGAAUGCAUUGAAACAUCACAAGCGUUAAAGCGGCCAGGCCUACUGCGUAACUUUGAACUUUGAAUAUGAACUAGGAUGUAACAAAAAUGACUUUUUGGCGGGCAUUCAGGGGUUUGUUCCGGUGGGCAUACUGAGCCCAAAUCCAAAAUAUGAGCUUGAUUGGACGUAACAGGAGCUGGCGCUCCGCCCUUCAAUUUUAAAUGGGAUUUAGCCCGUAAAAAAAGAUUUUUUCAAAAAUGUCAAUUUUUAAGGCAUUUUGGCCACUGAAGCGUUUACCAAAAACAUCACUGGCGUGUAGGCCAGAUCCUUGCGCAUCUUUUGGUGUAUAUAACAUUGAAGUUUGGAGCACCCUGGAGCUCGGUACAGACCUUCAAAGUUUGGCAUUUUUUCGAAAAACCGGCCCCGGCAAAAAAGAUAUGCGUCGCGUCUCGCGACGCCCGAGACGCCAUUUGAUUUGGCUGGGACCGAUUUUUCGAAAAAAUGCCAAACUUUGAAGGUCUGUACCGAGCUCCAGGGUGCUCCAAACUUCAAUGUUAUAUAUACCAAAAGAUGCGCAAGGAUCUGGCCUACACGCCAGUGAUGUUUUUGGUAAACGCUUCAGUGGCCAAAAUGCCUCAAAAAUUGACAUUUUUGAAAAAAAAAUUUUUUACGGGUUAAAUCCCAUUUAAAAUUGAAGGGCGGAGCGCCAGCUCCUGUUACGUCCAAUCAAGCUCAUAUUUUGGAUUUGGGCUCAGUAUGCCCACCGGAACAAACCCCUGAAUGCCCACCAAAAAGUCAUUUUUGUUACACUCUAAUAUGAACAAAAACGAAAUUUAAUCAGGUGGGAUUCGAACUCACACCUUUGGAUUGGUGGUCUUGGACGCUAAGCAGUCAGCCAUCAGAAGGUUUACACUCUAGCAGUGAAUUGAUCCGUAGUGUUGAAACAUGUUAUCUUCUCAUAUUAAAUACGCGCUGAUCCCUGAUUUGCCUGACGGGAUUGGAAGUCUAAAUAUAGAUUGAGUUUCCAUCAGAUGCUUGCUUCUAUGUUAAGGCGGGGCCGGACAAUGCCCAACGACCUCGGAAUUGGGCCGCUAGGAUCUCUGCCAUUCUGAAAUGGGUCGUUGGAAGCAGCGCGAGUGCUAUCACCACCUAAUACCCGGGACUGAGAUAAGUUGUAUCAGCAUUCGGCAUAUACAAAGUCUGCUACAAAUUAUACUUUCCCAUAACUUCGCUACCGGUUAGCGGGUAUUGGAUUGGACCACACACACACACACACACACACACACAACGGUAAAAAAGAAACAAACCAUUUCUGAUAUUUUUUUAUUUUAAUGAAAAAAAAUACAAGACAUUUUACGAUGGAUCAACUAUGGUCCCCUUCGAAAGAGCUGUCAAGUACACAGAAAAAAAAUCGGGUAAAUUUACCUCAUUUAUGAUGUACCAAAAGUGCACGUCAUUAAUGAUGCUAAUUUACAUCAAAUUCAUUUUAAAUUUAAAUGCCUUCCAACGUAAAGUUGCCAAACAAACUUCGCUUCCGAAACAUGUAAUUUUCCGAUGAAAUCGAUGUAAUUUUACCCAAACCUAUUUUUUUUUUGCUCCGUUGAAUUUUGAAUCUGAUGUAAAUUUCAAAUGCUAGAAAAGCUUUCAACGUUGAUUGAAACGGUUCACUUUUGUUAUCCUUGUUAUCAAUUUAAACACUCAAGUAUAACAAUUGCUUCUCAUUGACUAGAAAUUAGUAGAUAAUUCCAAAUUACUGUGGGCUAGUAGCGGGGGGAUGGCAACCUUAUUCCGACCAAAGCAAACUGACAACAGUCAACAUUAGCAUGGUAGUCAUAUGAGAGCCCACAACAAAAGCACUAGCUGUCAAAUGGUAGCCCAUAACAAAUCAUUGUUUGGGUUUUUGAUUUUAAAUUUUUCGCAAUUUAAACGAUAAAUUCCUGAAAAAAGCGUGAAUUGUGUUGCUGAUGGCGAAUUCUAUCAUAUUCUUGUAGAUUCCAUCCCAAUAUUUCAUAUUUCAUAUGAAAAUGAAAAUUCAUAUCGAAAAAAGUGAAUUUUCUGUUUACCUUUUUUUUACUUUUUUUUUUUUUGGUCGACAAAACAGCCCAGUCAACUCAAUCGGAAUUCUGAAACGGAAUUCAAUUCGAAUCGUUUACGUUUUCCGUUUCAAACGCAACAACCGAUUCCGAGUACGUACCGGUUGUUGCGUUUGAAACGGAAUACGUAAACGAUUCGAAUUGAAUUCCGUUUCAGAAUUCCGAUUGAGUUGACUGGGAGUGCGCCCGUACACUGAGAAUGGGCAUUACACAUUUUCCAGUUUGCUUUCACACAUUUGCAUGGGUCUUUUCAACGUUCAACCAAGAUAACACACUUCGUGUAACCAUAGUAAUAUGUAUAAUAUUGAUUCUCAGUGUUCGUUUUCUGAACUUGCAAGAUGGCGUCUUCUUCGCUACCCCCUGGCUAAUAGCAUGAAAAGUAGUAUCAGAUUCAAAAUUUAACGGAGUGAUAUGAAAUAAUACGAAAAAUCUAGACUACUGUUUCAAAAGGUCCUUUGCGCCAUGGGUUUCCAAUGUUGAUAGGAAGAUUUUUGUCAAGAAGGGUCGCGAAGUUGUUUUUUUUAAAUUGAUUCAAAAAUCCACUUAUGGUCGUACAAAGGGUCGAAGUAUUGAUGUCUGCAUCUUAAGCUAAAUUUUUGAAAACAAAUUAGGGGAAAUAUACCCAUAUUAAUCACCUUAAGCCGUUCGACCAAUUCUCAUCACUUUUGUCGUUUUCCGCUAUUAAAUCAACAUUCUCAGAUGUAUCAACAAUGGAAAGUUGCUUGCUCACUUUAAUUUGAGCUAUUUAUUACUUUGGAACAGUCAAAACACUUUAUGAAAGCUGUAAUUCCAGAGUUUUUUUUGAUUAGGUCCUAUAAACAUAUGAAAGACAAUAGUUUAUUGGUCCUUUUCAAAAAAAACUCUGGAAUUCAUGAUCAAAGUGCUGAUAGGCCGAUAAUAGAAAUAGGCUGAAAAAGGGUAUAGUUCCCCUAGUUUUAAAUCCUUUUGUAUACAAUCGUUUAUGUCGAUAGUUCCAGUAGUUUUAUGCUACGAAGGAAAUCGUUGUUUUUUUUUCAAAAACCUUACUCUUGAAAAGAUCAAAUGUGGCCGUUAUGCUCAAAUUCAUAAACACAAUUUAUCCAAUAAUAAAUUUUAAAGACAGGUUUGAACAUUUUUUUAAAACCAAAAUACUAAAGAGCGCAGAAUUUUCAUUUCAUUAUAAUCGAAAUGUUAGUUUAAAAAUAAUGAACUGCUGAGUUUUAUUUUAAUUAAUUCAAACACAUUUUUAAAUCAUCACGAUUUGCCAAUCCAAAUCUAACAAAACUUAUUGUUUGGAUUUGUUUUUUCGAAAAUUUUUGUUAUGGUUCCAAAAUAUAACCCUAAAAGUUUCGUACGAAUGGUAUCAAACAAUAACGAUUUUUAAACAUUUAAUUUGUUUAAAUCGUUGUGCACACUAUUUGAGAUCAGCCUUACUAGACUUUCAAGAAUGGAUGACGUUAGAAACGGUAAAGGAUAAUAAGGGAGCGUUCAUUUAUUACGUAACACAACAUUUGGGAUUUUGACCCCCCCCCCUCUCCCCCCUCGUAACAAAUCGUAACAGAUGAGCGAUACCCCCUACCUUCCUGUAACGCGUAACACAAGGUCUUUUUGCAAUUUUUGAUAAAUGAGCAAUUCUCUGCCAAACCCGUAAAUAAAUUUUAUUUGUAAUUUUUUAUUUGGCUCACACUUUGUGGGGGCCUUUCCUAUAACCCAUACAAGUCUCCAUACAAUUUUGGCAGCUGUCCAUACAAAAAUGGUACGUAAAUAUUCAAAUAUCGGUUACUUUUGAGUGAAGUUUCUGAUCAAUUUGGUGUCGGCAUAGUUGUAGGUAUUGUUGAGGACUAUUGAGAAAAAAAAAUAGAUACACGAAAAAAAAAUUGCCGAUUUUAUAAUUAGCUUUCAAUUUCUCAACUCAAUUUCCCAAAAAACUUAUUUUUUUAUUUUCGAGAUUUUUUUUAUAAAUUUUAGAAAAAAAUGAAAAUUAAAAAAAAAAUCUAAAUUUCAUACAACAACAAAAAUUGAUUUAAUUUUUUAAUGUAAAAUUGAAUUUGCAAUCGAAAAGUACACUACAAUUGUUUUGAUAAAGGGUCUCCGUUUUCAAGAUAUAGCCACCGAAAGUUUGAAUUCAGUGAAAUAUUUGCAGUUUUUCGAUUUUUAAAAAUAGUGACCAUUAAUAUUUUUUUUAAAGUUCAAAAAAUUUGCUAUAAAACUGUCUAAGAGACAUUGGCGAUUUUAAAUACAGCGUUUAAAAAAAAGAAACAUGAAGGAUCUCAGAUAUUUCAGUAAAAAUGAUGUCCGGGUCCAUCAUGCGACCCAUCGUUAGUUAGAUAAUCGAAAGACCUUUCAAAUGAGCCUAAAACAUCAAGGAUCUGACAACCCUAUUAAAAGUUAUUGGCACUUAAGUGUUAUUUAUACACUUUUUAGAGGUUUGAUUUCAGAUAUUGUGAUAAAAAUAUUGUCUGAAUCUUCCAUGCGAACUAUCGUUGGAUAGGUUUUUUUUAUCAGACCUUGCCGAUGAGCCAGAAAUAUUGAUGGUCUGCGAACCAUAUCAAAAGAAAUGAUAUUGAUUUGUUGAUUUGUUAAACAUGUUAAGGGGGAAUGUUGCUAUUUUUACUGAAUGUAUUGACUUUAUGAAUAUGAGGAAGGCACCAACCACCUAAAGGUGGAUUAGGUAACGUUUUUUUAAUAAGCUUGGAUCAAUACAGCGCAAUCCAAGCGCUAUCAGAGCUUGAAGAUUCAUACCCGUGGCAGUAGAGAUAGUUUUUAGUAGCGACGUGUGUGGUAAAUUCAUUAGUGGUUUAAUUCGAUGUAAAGACAAUUCUGGACUUUUUUUUCAAAGGGCAAUUUUUUUUUUAGGUGGCGCUAUAAUCACGGCAAAUAGUGUCCAGGGCAUUUGUAAAAAUACAAUUUUCCUCCCCAGACGGUCCAAGAGCACCAAAACUUUUUAGCAUGGUGCUCCCAACGAAUAAUUACCUAAAACCAAAACCCGGGGCGUAUGGUGGUGUGUCCCCACUAGCCUGUCCCAUUUUGAGGUCAUGUCGAGGAAUUUCAGGUGCUCACUUCUUAAAUGAUAGAUUAUGAUGUUAGGAACAAUGUUUUCUUAGACAAGAAAAAAUAAUAAAAUACUUUCUCGCACCCCCUAGUCGAUUUACUGAAAAAAGUCACUUUUUUGAACAAAUUUUCUAAAAUCGCUUGGAAUCAAUACAAAAACUGUUUCGAUCAGGUGUGUAUUAUCUUCAAACGAUAGGUUUUUGUCCAUAGAUUAAGAUGCACUAUCAAUAUUGGACGAAAAUUUAAGUUUUUGGACUCUCCCAGGCGGAUUUGUGUCGAAAAAAUCGCAUUUUUUCGAAACUUUUUUCAGAAAUGUUCAUUUAAUUCAGGGUAGCCUAUUUUUCCCAGUGAAACCAAUACGUGCAGCUUGUAGGAAAUUUCAUGGCGAACAUUUUUCCCUCUGAGAAAAUGCAAUUUCAACACUCCAGAGCCGAGAUAUUUGAGUUUUAGUGAGGAAAAAAGUGCCAAUUUUCAAAAUUUCUCAGAAUUCUGAAGCAAGGCCUACUAAUUACACGAUGUAGCAAGCAUAUGUCUCAGAGGUCAGGGUAUGCUUUUUAUAGUAAUUUUGGCCGCUGAAUCCGAAUCUGAAAUCAAAUUUCGUGCAAACAGUGAUGUUUUGGAGCUACACCCUUUUGGAAUGUUAUUUGCGUGUUUAAGAGGCAGUUUUUGUAAAUAUUGCUCGGUUUGUUCUAAAGGUCGUAUCGAGGUGCUCCGAUUUGGAUGAAACUUUCAGCGUUUGUUUGUCUAUACAUGAGAUGAACUCAUGCCAAAUAUGAGCCCUCUAAGACAAAGGGAAGUGGGGUAAAACGGGCAUUGAAGAUUGAGGUCCAAAAUACAUAAAAAAUCUUAAAAUUGCUCGCAUUUAAGUAAAACUUCAUCAAUUUCAACUAUCUUAGAUGCAUUUGAAUGGUCUUUUGAAGCACUUCAAAAUGAGCCAUAGACAUCCAAGAUUGGUUUAACUUUUUCUCAUAGCUUUUGCAAAUUACUGUUAAAAAUUGUUUUUUUUUUAAACCUCAAUAUAUUUUUGCAACAGCCUCCAACACCCAUACUCUUUUAGUUCAAGUUAGGGAAUUUCAUGGACUAUAAGCCUACGGUAAUAACUUUUUUGGCCAAUCGCAGUUUUUCUCAUAGUUUUUCGAUUUUUCUAUAACAAACAUUUUACAACGUUAGUUAUUGUUCUGUUGUUUAGUCUCACUUUUGUCAUAUUCGAAAUCCUCGGAAAAUUCAAACUCCAAUGCCCGUUUUACCCCACUUCCCUUUGUCUUAGAGGGCUCAUAUUUGGCAUGAGUUCAUCUCAUGUAUAGACAAACAAACGCUGAAAGUUUCAUCCAAAUCGGAGCACCUCGAUACGACCUCUAGAACAAACCGAGCAAUAUUUACAAAAACUGCCUCUUAAACACGCAAAUAACAUUCCAAAAGGGUGUAGCUCCAAAACAUCACUGUUUGCACGAAAUUUGAUUUCAGAUUCGGAUUCAGCGGCCAAAAUUACUAUAAAAAGCAUACCCUGACCUUUGAGACAUAUGCUUGCUACAUCGUGUAAUUAGUAGGCCUUGCUUCAGAAUUCUGAGAAAUUUUGAAAAUUGGCACUUUUUUCCUCACUAAAACUCAAAUAUCUCGGCUCUGGAGUGUUGAAAUUGCAUUUUCUCAGAGGGAAAAAUGUUCGUCAUGAAAUUUCCUACAAGCUGCACGUAUUGGUUUCACUGGAAAAAAUAGGCUACCCUAAAUUAAAUGAACAUUUCUGAAAAAAGUUUCGAAAAAAUGCGAUUUUUUCGACACAAAUCCGCCUGGGAGAGUCCAAAAACUUAAAUUUUCGUCCAAUAUUGAUAGUGCAUCUUAAUCUAUGGACAAAAACCUAUCGUUUGAAGAUAAUACACACCUGAUCGAAACAGUUUUUGUAUUGAUUCCAAGCGAUUUUAGAAAAUUUGUUCAAAAAAGUGACUUUUUUCAGUAAAUCGACUAGGGGGUGCGAGAAAGUAUUUUAUUAUUUUUUCUUGUCUAAGAAAACAUUGUUCCUAACAUCAUAAUCUACCAUUUAAGAAGUGAGCACCUGAAAUUCCUCGACAUGACCUCAAAAUGGGACAGGCUAGUCCCCACGCUUCUUCCUCCAAUAGAUUCAGAUUUGUGUUGAUGUUUGAACACUCCGUGCUCAAUUUCAACCCACUUCAAAGAAUCAACUCUAGGGUGAUUCUAGGCUAGGCAUAAUCUAACCUAAGGCACUCUCCUGGAAGAAGGAUUAGCUGUUUGAUUAGAUUAGAUUAGAAAAACAAAUUCAACUUUUUUGAGACAUAGUAGAACGAACAACUUUAUUUGUUUUUCUUGAACAGCAUUAUAUGAAUUAUAAUGUUAUACCUAUUCGAAUGCAGGGAAGAUAUCCAUUUACCGUAAAUGUGACAAUUAUUUUUACUUUAGUGUUCCGUUAAAUUUUAUUCAUAUAUCAUAUAUUUAAUCGUGACACAGUCUUCCAAUACCGACUUAAUAAAUUGGUGAUGGGCAUGUUCUUAAGUGAUAAUGUUUCAAAAGAAACAAUAAUCUUACACUAAUGCUUGUAUUGUUAAAUUUUUAAACAAAUAAAUAUUCUAACGCACUAACGAA